GCGCCGUCGCAUCGCAGCUGCAGCUGUCAACAUUUCCCGCGUAAAGUAAACGACAGCGCGUUGUCGACAGCCUCGGCAAUAACAAGAUUGAGAAGAGGUGAUAUUUGUUGUAGAAUACAUAAAAAUUGAUAUAAAUACAAAUUCAUAAAAUAUGUCAAGUCCCGCUCGUUCACCUAAUGUCGGAGCUGCUACACCAAAGCAAGGAGCGCGUACGCCCACACGAAGAAUAGCAACGCAGGAUGUAGAUACACCAAUGCGCAUGGGACCCGGCCGGCUGCCCGGCAGACCUUCGGACAAUAUAAGUCUGCCUCCCACGUCGCCGGCCCAUGUUAGCUUGCCUGCAACGAGUCCGGCUCGCAAUUUGGGCGGCAUGAGCGAGAUUGACUUGAGUUCACCGCUUAACUAUGGCACGCCCAGCUCCAUGGGCUCCAUACGUACACCGCGCUCCGGCAUUCGUGGAACUCCGUUGCGCGCGCGUCCGGAUAUUCGCACGGAUAAGCGCAUUCGCCAAGUGGAAAUUGGUGGCAACUCGGGUCUAGAACCCAUUCCCGAGAAGGGAUCAGAGACCACAGAUCCCGUAUCUGAAGCUUCGGCAGGACCACAAUUGGUGGUUUGGGGCACCAAUGUCGUUGUGAGUCAGUGCAAGUCCAAGUUCAAGUCGUUCAUCAUGCGUUUCAUCGAUCCAAGUGCCGAGCAGGAUGAAAUCUCCGAGAACAUUGAUGUUAAUCAGCCACUGUAUUUGCAAAAGCUGGAGGAGAUUCACACAUUGGAGGAGCCAUAUUUAAAUCUCAACUGUGCGCAUUUGAAAACCUUUGAUCAGGAUUUAUAUCGCCAGUUGAUAUGCUAUCCGCAGGAAGUGAUACCCGGUUUCGAUAUGGCCAUCAAUGAGAUGUUCUUCGAACGUUAUCCGGCCGCUCUGCUGGAGCAUCAGAUCCAAGUGCGUCCCUUCAAUGCCGAUAAGACGCGUAAUAUGCGCUCGCUAAAUCCCGAGGAUAUGGACCAAUUGAUCAGUAUUAGCGGCAUGGUUAUCCGUUCCUCCAACGUCAUUCCGGAAAUGCGAGAGGCGUUCUUCAUGUGUAACAUUUGCUCCUACAGCACCACCGUCGAGGUGGAUCGUGGUCGCAUUGCACAGCCAACUCUAUGCACCAACUGCAACACGAAUCAUUGCUUCCGGAUCAUUCACAACCGUAGCGAGUUUACGGACAAGCAGCUGAUCAAGUUGCAGGAAUCCCCAGAUGACAUGGCCGCUGGCCAGACGCCACACAACGUCUUGCUCUAUGCUCACAAUGAUCUGGUGGACAGAGUGCAGCCCGGAGAUCGUGUCACUGUCACGGGAAUCUAUCGUGCCAUGCCCCUCAAGGGCAAGGGACUGAAUGUGAAGAGUGUGUACAAGACACACGUCGAUGUUGUCCAUUUCCGUAAGGUGGAUAACAAGCGUCUUUACGAGGAGGAAGAGGGCAAGGAUCAUAUAUUCCCACCGGAGCGCAUUGAGUUGCUUCAACUGCUGUCCCAGAAGCCCGAUAUCUAUGAUCGUCUGGCUCGCGCUAUUGCUCCAUCUAUUUAUGAGAACGAUGACAUCAAGAAGGGCAUUUUACUGCAGCUCUUUGGCGGCACCAAGAAGAAGCACGCGACACUGGGUCGCCAGAACUUUAGAUCGGAGAUUCAUUUGCUGCUUUGCGGUGAUCCGGGCACCUCCAAAUCCCAGAUGCUGCAGUAUGUGUACAAUCUGGUGCCACGGUCGCAGUACACCUCGGGUCGUGGCUCAUCCGCCGUGGGCUUAACUGCCUAUGUUACCAAGGACCCGGAAACACGUCAACUGGUCUUGCAAACUGGCGCCCUUGUGCUGGCAGACAACGGCGUCUGUUGCAUUGAUGAGUUUGACAAGAUGAAUGAUUCCACACGCAGCGUUCUCCAUGAAGUUAUGGAGCAGCAGACCUUGAGCAUUGCCAAGGCUGGGAUCAUUUGUCAAUUGAAUGCACGCACUUCCAUAUUGGCAGCUGCGAAUCCCGCCGAAUCGCAGUGGAAUAAGCGCAAGAACAUCAUCGACAAUGUCCAGUUGCCUCACACUCUAUUGUCGCGCUUUGAUCUGAUCUUCCUGGUGUUGGACCCACAGGAUGAGCUCUUCGACAAGCGUUUGGCCAGCCAUUUGGUAUCCCUGUACUAUGUGACACGGCACGAGGAAGAGGAUACCAUGUUCGACAUGAGCGUGCUCCGCGAUUACAUUGCCUAUGCGCGGGAGCACCUUUCGCCCACACUGUCGGAUGAAGCGCAACAGCGUUUGAUUCAGGCGUAUGUGGACAUGCGUAAGGUGGGCGCUGGUCGUGGCCAAAUCUCUGCCUAUCCCAGGCAGCUGGAGAGCCUGAUACGUUUGUCGGAGGCCCAUGCUAAGGUACGUCUGAGCAAUACGGUCGAGUUGCGGGAUGUCGAGGAAGCUUGGCGGCUUCAUCGCGAGGCUCUGAAGCAAUCGGCAACAGAUCCGCUGUCGGGUAAAAUCGAUGUUGGCAUCUUGACCACCGGGUUGUCCACAGCUGCUCGCAAGAAGCGCGCUGAUCUCGUAGCCGCCAUUAAAGAAAAUCUCAAAAAGAAGGGCAAGGUACCCACAGUUCCCUAUCAAAAACUGUUUAAGGAGAUCAAGGAAGGCUCUCAAAUUUUAAUAACUCGCGAGCAGUUUGAAGAUGCUCUGAAAGAAGUACAAGAUGAGGGCGCUAUAGUCGUUAUGGGCAAGAAUACCAUUCGAAUUUGUUGAUUUCACUAUUUCACAAAAUAAUUCAUUCAUUCCUAGUAUUAAGCAUGAAAAUUUAUUAAUAAAGAUCCAUUUUUAAAUAGCUUGUCUUA